AGGGAAAAUGUAGCUAAAAUAUGUAGAUUGGGUUUAGGGCAAAAAUAUGAACCUCUAUCUUCUCUCUCCCCCAGGUAUCUCAAAACUACUUGCGUGUGUCAUUCCUAUCGCUCAGAUCACCAUAGGUGCAGUGUACCUGUAUGACUGCCCCCGGCAGCACUACAUCCCCAUUUACCUGGUGGUAAUGGGGGCCACCGGCCUGGCCCUAGCCCUGCUCUCCUGCCUACCAUGUGCCCAGGACUCAGAUGACAUGGCCCCCAACUUCCUGAACCACCUCUGCACCACCUGGAGCACCCUGACCUCCCUCUUCCUCUUCUGUUGGUUCAUCAGCGGUGAGUCUGAGAGACCGUGA